CAGAGUUUCCGCGGCGGGGCUGGCCACGCCUCCUCUUGAGGCGGCGGGGGAGCUUUUCCGUUGCGGCCGCCGCCAUUUUGUGCUUCGGUGUGCGCUGGAGCUCUGACCGCCAUGGUGAAGCUUUUCAUUGGCAAUCUUCCCCGGGAGGCCACCGAGCAGGAGAUUCGCUCCCUUUUCGAGCAGUACGGGCGGGUCCUGGAAUGCGACAUCAUCAAGAACUACGGGUUUGUGCACAUCGAGGACAAGACCGCGGCGGAGGAUGCCAUCCGCAACCUGCACCAUUACAAGCUCCACGGGGUCUGCAUCAACGUCGAGGCCAGUAAGAACAAGAGCAAAGCUUCCACCAAGCUGCACGUGGGCAACAUCAGCCCCACGUGCACCAGCCUCGAGCUGCGGGCCAAGUUUGAGGAGUACGGCCCGGUCCUUGAGUGCGACAUCGUGAAGGAUUACGCCUUUGUGCACAUGGAGCGAGCGGAGGACGCCGUGGAGGCCAUUCGGGGCCUUGACAACACGGAGUUCCAAGGCAAACGAAUGCGCGUGCAGUUGUCCACCAGCCGGCUCAGGACCGCGCCCGGGAUGGGAGACAAGAGCGGCUGCUACCGGUGUGGGAAAGAGGGUCACUGGUCUAAAGAGUGCCCGGUCGAUCGCACAGGGCAAGUGCCUGAGCUGACCGAAACCUAUAGCGAGCAAUACGGAAUGGUGCGCACCCCCUACCCUACAGGCUAUGGGGACCCCGUGUAUUACGAUGACCCCUAUGGAAUGGUGGACUACUAUAAACGGUAUCGCGCGAGGUCCGCCGCAGCGUACGGGGCUUCUGCAUAUGACGCUUAUGCGGAGCACACCAUGGCCCAGUAUUCCCAGUACGCCCAGUAUUCACAAGCCACGGCCAUGGCCAAUCGCCUCUCGACCGCCUUAGACCCCUACGAGAGGGCCUUGCUACCAGCCACGGGAACUGCAGCGGCGGUUGCUGCCGCUGCCGCAGCGGCCGCAACUACCUCCUUUUACGCCCGGGAUAGAAGCCCUCUGCGUCGCUCGGCAGCCGUGGCCUCCACCGCCGGAGACGUGUACGGAUACGAGCGGGUUCAGCUGUCUCCCGUCCCGCGAUCCUCCCUCUACGACGUCCAGCGGUUCGGGCGGGAUGCAGGCGCGGACAGGUUGCGAUACUCCGCGUAUUGAGUCUAGAGGUAGGUUCUUUGAGGGCUGGACGUCGGUGGGUUCCGGUGGUCCGUCCGCGGAAAAACUGUGCCAGGCUUCGCAAAGCGUGUCGAUUUG